AUGUGUGAAAACUAUUGCAGAAUGCAUCUAUUAUCUUAGUUGAAGCAGAAAAAAAAUCUUGAAUAGAAUUAACCUUUAAUUUUAUAUCGUAAAAUCUCUUCUAUAGUGAAGAAAGCUAAAUAGCAAGCAUAAAAAUCAAUGGAAAAGACAUAAAUUUAAGCUGUCUUUGAUGAAACAAGAUUUUAAUCUUCUAAUAGACAAUCGAUUUAUAAGCAAAAUUAUUCGAAAGAAAUAAAAUACUAAAUUAAUCAUUAAAAGGAAUAGUAAAAUUUUUUAAAUUUCAAUAAAAAUGAUAAUUCAUCAAGAAAAUAUACAAACUCAAGAAUAAUAGAAAAAGAUUUUCUUUAAAAUGAUUAAUAAUAUUAGUAAUCUCCUUUGAAUUAUAGAAAUGAUCAUAAGAAAGUGAUAAUAUUUUCAUCAAGAAAUACUCCUUAAAGAAAUAAUAUAAAUAUUAGAAUAAAUUUUGAUACUUUGAGAAGUUGGAGAAGGUAUAGUUAGGAUAGUUCUUAAUGA